AGUCCACCACACUCUCUCCCCAUGUUUGGUCAUUACUUUGCUUGAUCAACAAACAACUUUAUAUUUUUUUUUUAAUUGAAAAAUUUCUCUCAAAUUUCUCUAUCUCUUCGUCGGUCAAUCUCAUCGAUGACGGUGAACGCCGACUCUUGUUUCGGCGCUGAUGAUAAGGAGUGGCCUCCUGGGUUCAGGUUUCACCCGACAGACGAGGAGCUUGUGGUUUAUUACCUGAAGAGGAAGAUCUGCAAGAAAAGGUUAAAGCUUAAUAUUAUUCGCGAGGUUGAUGUUUACAAGUGGGAUCCUGAGGAGUUGCCUGGGCAAUCCAUUUUGAAGACUGGGGAUAGGCAAUGGUUCUUCUUCAGUCCCAGGGAUAGGAAGUAUCCUAAUGGAGCAAGAACAAAUAGGGCGACAAGACAGGGGUACUGGAAAGCAACAGGGAAGGAUCGCAUUGUUGUCUGCAAUUCUCGAAAUGUUGGGGUGAAGAAGACCCUAGUUUUCUACAGAGGCCGUGCACCUAACGGUGAUCGAACUGACUGGGUGAUGCAUGAGUAUUCUUUGGACGAAGAAGAACUUAAGAGAUGCUCAAAUGUGCAAGAUUAUUAUGCCCUUUACAAGGUUUACAAAAAAAGCGGAGCUGGUCCUAAGAAUGGUGAACAUUAUGGAGCACCAUUUAAGGAAGAAGACUGGGCUGAUGAUGAAUUUCAGUGUGUCAAUGGCAUGUUUACUCCAGAUAUUCCUGUUAAGAAGCACAAUGAAGUGACUCUUGUUGAUAAUUUCAUACAGUCUGCUCAACUUGAGCCGCCACUGAAUGAUUUUGAGGAGAUAAUAAAACAAAUUGGUGAAGAACCUGCACAUAACGAGCUGCAGAACAAUGAUUUUACUUAUUUACUGCCUCAGGUUUGUGUUAUGGUUACUGGGGAAGAAGAGGCGCAAAGUACUUUGGUCGAUCCAUCUUUCAGGGAAUUUGUUUGUGAGCCAGCUGGAGAGUUGACAACAAGUGGUCAGCACUGCAAUAAACACACCAGCUUUAACUUUGACCAGUCAGGUACCGCAACAUUGCAAUUGCAUGAGGCACCUGAGGUCACAUCCGGCACUAACUAUGAACAGGCUCCCCAGUUAAAUGAAGAGGAUUUCCUGGAAAUUAAUGAUCUCAUCGAUCCAGAGCCUUCUUUCUCCAAUACUGAGCAACCUGUGGAAAACUUGCAGUUUGAUGAUUUUGAUGGAUUGAGUGAGUUUGACCUGUACCAUGAUGCAGCCAUGUUUUUGCGUGACAUGGGGCCUGUUGAUCAGGAAGCAGUUUCACAUUCAUAUAUGCAUCCCUAUGGGUGUGACAUGGUUAACCAAGUUGGCUACCAGUUGCAGCCCGAUUCAAUAAUAAAUGCGGUGGAUUAUCAGUUGCAGCAGUCAAACUUGGUGGCCAACCAAGUGGACUGUGAUCUGCAGCCACAAUUUUUUGAUGCAGAGCAGAUGAACAAUCAGCUAUGGGUUCAUGGUCAGAGAAGUAAUAUGUUAGCUGCUUCAGAAUCACAUAACGGGAAUCUUUUCCAACCAACUCCAGGUGUUGUGUGUGAAUCCAGCAAUAAUUCUACCAGAACCAACGGAAAUCAAGGUGGAAAAGAGGGUGAUGCUGCUGAUGGUUGGUUCUCUUCUGCCUUGUGGGGUUUUGUGGAGUCCAUCCCUACUACUCCUGCGUCAGCUUCAGAGAAUCCAUUGGUUAAUAAGGCUUUUGAGCGAAUGUCAAGCUUCAGCAGGAUCAAAAUGAAUGUCAAAAGCAUUAAUGUUGACGCAGCUAGCAGGAUCAGAAUGAAUGUCAAUAGUAUUAAUGUAGUCGCAGCUAAUGGCGCUGCAAGUGUAAGGAGCGCUAGUAGAAAUAAGGGAUUUGUUUUAUUGUCGAUUGUUGGAGUCUUGUGUGCCAUCUUAUGGGUAUUCGUAGGUAGUGGUAGAUUGUUGGGGAGAUCAAUCUCCUCAUGAUUUAUGUAAAUGUGAAGUUUCGCUGUUGAAUAUUUUGUGGGAGGCGCCUGGAAUUUAUGAAUAGGCCUAUUAAUCACAAUAGUUAUAGUUUUUACCA